AUGUGGGGAGGAAAAGGAGACUCCAGCAUCCUAGUAACAGGAACGAGAGGUUUUUCCAAAACAUCAAUGUCUUGCUGUCUAUUUAUUCAACCUCAACCAUUACUUUCAGAGUUAUGUCAACUUGGUGGAGAUGAUGGUUUAAUGGAUCGGUUUCUGUUUUGCGUUGCCAAACCAGUCUUUAAUACCACGGCAAUUACUAAAGCAAAUGUACCACUAUUACGAGACACCAAAUUGCAAAGUUUUGAUAAUGUCAUGAACAACAUUUACGAGGAACACCUAGCAGGGAAGCACUACAAGUUGUCCGCAGAUGCCGAGAGUGUGUUUGAUGGUUUGAUUGACUCAUAUUCCGACUACAUGAAUGCCAAAUAUGGAUCUGACCACGAGGAAGACAAAGAGAAUGAAACUCCUAAUCUUAACAUAUCACAAGAUGAAAGUGAAAUGAUGACAAGUAAAGACACCAUUCAUAUCUUCAUCUUGCUGCCGUUCUGCAUGUAUUCCAACACAGUUUCAGUUGUGGAUUAA